AUGCCGCGCUCACCCUCGGUCUUCCCGCUGCUACUUCUGCUACUGCCGCCGCUGGCCUCAGGCCUCGGACUCCGCGCCGCCGGCGGCCGGCGCCCCGAGUGCGGCCCGUGCCGGCCUGAGCACUGUCCGGCGCCCGCACGCUGCCCCGCGCCCGGGAUAGCGGCGCGCGACGAGUGCGGCUGCUGCGCGCGCUGCCUGGGCGCCGAGGGCGCAAGCUGCGGGGGGCGGGCCGGUGCGCGCUGCGGCCCGGGCCUGGUGUGCGCCAGCCGCGCCGCGGGGGCGGCGCCCGAGGGCACCGGGCUCUGCGUGUGCGCGCAGCGCGGCGCCGUCUGCGGCUCUGACGGCCGUUCCUACCCCAGUGUCUGCUCGCUGCGCCUGCGCGCCCGGUACGCGCCCCGCGCGCACCCCGGCCACCUGCACAAGGUGCGUGAUGGCUCCUGCGAAUUUGCCCCUGUGGUGGUCAUUCCACCCCGGAGUGUCCAUAACGUCACUGGGGCACAGGUAUACCUGUCCUGUGAGGUGAGGGCCGUGCCCACCCCUGUCAUCACGUGGAGGAAGGUCACACAGUCUCCUGAGGGCACUCAGGUGCUAGAGGACCUCCCUGGGGACCACGUCAAUAUAGCUGUCCAGGUGCGAGGGGGCCCUUCUGACCACGAGGCCACAGCCUGGAUUUUGAUCAACCCUCUGAGGAAGGAAGAUGAAGGAGUGUACCUGUGCUAUUCAGCAAACGCCGUUGGGGAGGCCCAGUCCCAUGGCACGGUGACUGUUACGGAUCUGAGUAAAUACAUAGGCCCCCGCUUCCCAGCUCCGGACGACCGCCUGUGA